CACAACCAGGACGCCAUGUUUGAGCCCCUUAAACCAGAAAUAAAGAAGUCGAGCAGGAACCGAGAGAAACAGGAAGAAGAAGAAGAAGAAGAAGAAGAAGAAGAAGAAGGCGACGACGAAGAAGGAGACGAAGAAGAAGACAACAUCGGCACCACAAUGAACAAGAGACUGGUCAAGGAGCUUGACGAAAUGCGCAACAAUGGGGCAAAGUUUUUCCGCAGCAUUCAAGUGGACGAAUCAAAUCUUUUGAACUGGCAAGGGCUACUGGUUCCUGAUUCUGCUCCGUAUGACAAAGGAGCGUUUAGGAUCGAGCUCAUCUUCCCCGCCGAGUACCCCUUCAAGCCCCCCAAGAUCACAUUCAAGACCAAAAUCUACCACCCCAACAUCGACGAGAAGGGCCAGGUGUGCCUGCCCAUCAUCAGCGUGGAGAACUGGAAGCCAGCCACAAAAGCUGAAAACGUGAUCACCAGCCUCAUCUCUCUGGUGAACACCCCCCAGCCGGAGCAUCCGCUGAGGGCCGACCUGGCGGAGGAAUACAGUAAAGACCGGGUGAAGUUCAUGAAGAACGCCGAGGAGUUCACAAAGAAACACAGUGAAAAGCGGCCCACUGACUGACGACACCACACUGACGCUCACCUGCCGUUUCCACCCAACCACCCACCACCCCCACCUAUUCUGUUCUGUUUCCUGUUCAAAGAGCCCCCCCGGCUACACACACCCUGUUCUCACAUACCUGCUUGUUUUUAGCACUCCUUCAUAGAGGCUUGUGUUUCUGUUUCACUUUGCCAAAAAAAAAAAGGAAAAAAAGCAGGACUUUUUGGUGAAUAGGCAGGCUCCGGCCUCUAGGUGUCACCUUGUGGUUGUUUUGACUUCUUUCUACUGAUUUCUUUUUAAAAUAAAAUAAGAAAAAAUGUCAGAGGUGGCAUCCUGGAAAGUAAAACAUCAGAAAUGAUCCUUAAAAAUACAUAAAACAUCUGUUCUGCUCACUUAGACGUAUAGUUUUUUCACUUUAAUCAUUAGCUCAUGCAGACCUGUUGACAGAAUUUUUUUUAUAGUGUUGUUUUCAAAAGUUAAUCUGUUUUCUUUGGUUUAUUCCCCCCCCCCCCCCCCUUUAAGAUGCACUGUACUUUGUGAAAUCACCUGUUGCAGAACAUGAAACAUUAAAGUUUGUCACUGAUGAAGAAUUCUACACGCAAACUCAACAAUUCAUGUGUUCCUUAAAAUGUUUUUUUGUAUUUUAAAAUGUUAGUGGGGUAAAAAAAAAGUCUCUUUAUAAUUUAACUUCUUCCACCUCUGUUGGCCUCAGGACAGUGAAUAGUGUCGGUAAACUUUGUGGUUUGACAGUCCAACGGGCGUUUUCAGCGCUCAAAGCUUUUAAAUAACAUUUUCUUUGAUUUUCUUUUUUUCACCAACUCCUGCUCACCUGAAGACUGUUUUCAUACAAGUAUAAGAUCUACGAAGCACUGAUUGGUGCUAGUAUUACAGCAGUCAAACAGAUCUAAUUGUCUAAUAACAUUAAUAAACACGAUGUAAUCAGCCGGUUAAUGUGCUCAAUUAGCUGACGAAGCUCUACGCCUUUUACGUACACGAAGGCGAUACAUCCAGCUGCAGGUGGAGGACAGAAGGUCAUUACUGAAUAAAGAUUUGUGAUGGAUGCUUA